AUGCUCGAAGCUGCUGGCAGCCAGCUCACCUGGCAGCAGGGAAAUGUGUGUGGCAGUCCGGGGGGUGCCGGGAACCCCGCGGGUGUCCCGGAGCCUCCGUGCCUCAGUUUCCCCACCGCGUUCGGGGGGGUUCCCGAUGGGAAAGGCGACCCGGGCAGGUCCCCCCGAGCUGCCGGGGGUCUCACAGCCCCCGAGACCGCCGGUUUUUGGGAGAGGGCACCGGGACGAGCUGCUGGAGACCCCAAAACCCCGCAGCAACCGCGCUGGAGGGGCAAUUAUUUACAGGAAAAUAAGGGAAAAAUCAACUCUGAGUUCAAAGCGCCCCGGGAUGGCGCAGGACAGGGGGGAGCACCCCAACACCCCCCUGCCCGGGGACCCCCGGGACCCCCGGCCCCGCACUCACCCCUGAGGAACGGCGAGGACACGAAGUGGUUCGGGUCUGCUCGGCCCCGCUCGGGUGCGCUCGGCCCGGCUCGGUUCGGCCCCUCGGCUCCGUUCAGCUGCUCUCGGAUCUGUUCGGGCGCACUCGGCCAGGCUCGGUUCGACCCCUCGGCUCGUUUCAACCCCGUUCGGCUGCGCUCGGGUCGGUUCGGGUCUGUUCGGGCUCACUCGGCCGCGCUCGGCCCGGCUCAGCUCGGCUCCUCGGCUCUGCUCAGCUCAAUUCGGCCCCACUCGGCUCGGUUCGGCUGCGCUCGAUUCGGCUCCUCGGCUCAGUUCGGCCCCACUCGUCCCGGCUCGGUUCGGCUCGGUUCUGCUGGGCUCCUCCGCUCUGCUCAGCGCAGCCCGGCCCGGCUGGGCUCGGCUCGGCCCGGCUCGGCCCCGUGCCGAGGGAGGGCAGCAGCAGCGCCCGCCCGGCCCGGCGCGGCCCGGCCCGUUCCGCUGCCCUCGCUGCGCUCCGCCGGCCCCGGGCACGCCGGGAGCUGCAACCAAACACGGGACUGCGAUAAAAAGCCAAUAAAAAGCCAAACGCCGUCGUUAUCGCCCAGUUAA